AACGACCCGAUUGCUUAGCCCGACGACAGCAGAAAUCGCAGCAAUGGCCCCUAAGGAUACCAAGAAAGGCGGUGCCUCUAAGGCCGGCAAGGGCGCUCAGGCCAAGAAGGCUGCCCAGGCUGCCCUCAAGGGUGUGCACUCGCACAAGACCACCAAGGUCAGGUACUCGACCACCUUCCACCGCCCCAAGACUCUUCAGCUGUCUCGGGCUCCCAAGUACCCUCGCAAGUCGAUCCCUCACGAGCCCCGUCUCGAUGAGCACAAGGUCAUCGUCCACCCUCUCAACACCGAGGGUGCCCUGAAGAAGAUCGAGGAGCAGAACACCCUCGUCUUCAUCGUCGAUGUCAAGGCCAACAAGGCCCAGAUCAAGCAGGCUCUCAAGAAGCUCUACGACAUUGACACCGUCAAGAUCAACACCCUGAUUCGCCCUGACGGCUCCAAGAAGGCCUUCGCUCGCCUCACUGCCGAUGUCGAUGCCCUCGACAUUGCUGCCACCAAGCUCGGCCUUGUCUAAACUAGCGAUUUCAUAGCUAUGGGAAAUACACAAGAUUCGGGAUAAAACUUAUCUUCAAGGGACAACAUGGGUUUACUGUUUAACGAAAAAGAAGUCGGCGUCUGAUACCCCCUGGCAUUUGGUUCAUGGCAUGGAAAUGAAAGUUUUUUACAACUAUUCUGCCCGUUCCAUCAGACAUGACCAAAUGGGCCAUUGCUCAAACUCCUCCCUUGCAAGCCAUAGAUCUACUUGUUCUAAGACUUGAAUCUGACAUCUUGUGUUCUUCUCAUCAAACUUGUACUCAUGUGAUGUAAUCCGCAACUUUUGUCACCA